CUCGCCGAGGGGGAGUUUCGCACCUCCCGGGGCUGCCGGGACCUGGCGCGGGGGAUGCUCCGGUGCGGGGGUCCCCGGUGCCCCCCGGAGCUGCUGCUGGUGCUGCUGGUGGUCGUGGCCAGCGGCCGAGGAACCCGGGAAUGCCGGGAACGAGCCGUGUCCACCGCUGGAAUGUUGGAGCUGCGGCCGGAGAGGCACCAACAGGAGUGGACAGAGAUCCACUGGAGAGUGGACAGGAGUGCAGGGGCUCGGGAACGGAUCCUGACGGCCCGGAGAGACGGAAACGUCUCCUACACCAGAGGUUCUUUUCCUGGGAGAGCCGUUUUCCAGCCGGAGACCCUCUCCCUGAGGAUCUCCCCGGUUCGGAAGGAGGACAGUGGGGUCUAUAAGAUCGAGUUCGAGGAUCCAUCGGGCGCUGUCACCGUCCUGUCCUUCUGUGUGCGGGUGUGGGAUCCCAUUCCGUGGCCGGAGCUGCAGGCACGGACCCUUCACCGGGAGCAGGGCUGGUGCAACAUCUCCCUGUCCUGCUCCGUUCCCGCUCCUGGAAGCUUCUCCUACAGCUGGAAUUGCAGCGGGGAUCCCUCGGGAGCCCCCCCGGGGCUCCACCACGAGCCGCGGCUGCUCCAGCGGGUCCCUGUGGAUGCCGAUCCCACCCUCUGCCUCUGCAACGCGAGCAACCCCGUGAGCUGGGGCGUGGCCAGCGCCGACAUCGCCGGCAUCUGUCGCUCAGACCUUUCCCACCUCAUCCUGUGGCCUGCAGUGGCCUCGGCCGUGGCACUGACCCUGUUCCUGCUCGUCACCUGCUGCUGGUGGAGGAAGCGAAGGAAAAAAACCCCAGAAGCCCCCCCCGGACAAGUGGAGGAGCCCCUGACCAUCUACGAGGAGGUGGGAAGAGACAAAAGCAGCCAAGACCCCGAUGGGACCCUUGAGGCCCCCCAGGCCCCCAACACCGUGUACGCCGUGGUCUGUCCCCCAAAACAGCAGGAGGAACCCCGGUACCAGCGGCACCCUGGGAGCUGCACCAUCUACUCCGUGGUCCAGCCGGGCAGGAGGCCUCCUUCCCUGCGGAGGAAGAGGCUGGACCCCGCUCUGGUCUCCACCGCCUUCUUGGAGGAUAUGGGCGGUCUCAGGCCCUGGAGCCCCUCCUUGUGUGCCCCACACCUGACUCCUGCCGCUCUCCACCUCCCCUAAUUCCACAGCAAGACCUUCCCUUCCCUCCGGAGCUGUUUUUCCGGGAGCACCUGGAAAUUCCAGCGCCCUCUGGGAUCCCACCCGGGGGUUUCCUUGGGAUGGAAACCACCAGAAACACUAUUUUUGGGAAGGAUUCAACCCCCAGCUGCGGUUUGGAGGUUUGGAGGGAAGACUUUGGGAUGGAAAACUUGUCUCCAAACUGCGGGGAUGGAGUGGGGCUGGCGGGA